GUUAAGCUACGCAAAGAGAAAGCAAUAAAAAAUAUACUCACACAUAAAACAAAUGUCCCGAAAGAUUCUUCUACUCUUUGAUGUUGAUGGCACUUUGACACCAUCGCGUUUGAAGGCACCUCCCGAAAUCAAAGAGGUUAUCAGCAAGGCGCGCAAGGCUGGGUAUGGAGUUGGAAUUGUUGGUGGCUCAGACUUUAGUAAGCAAAAAGAGCAACUUGGAGAUAACAUUUUAAAUGAAUUUGACUAUGUAUUCAGUGAAAAUGGUCUUGUGUCCUACAAGAAUGGUGAAGAAUUCCACCGUACUAGCAUUCUUGAAAAGCUUGGUAACGACAGGGUUCUUGCGUUCGUUAAGAAAUGCCUUCAUUAUAUUGCUGAUUUGGAUAUUCCUGUCCAACGAGGAACCUUUUUCGAGUUUCGUAAUGGCAUGUUUAAUGUUUCUCCCAUCGGACGCAACUGUUCUCAAAAGGAGAGAGAUGAUUUCGAUCAAUAUGACAAGGAACAUCAGAUAAGAGCUACUAUGAUUAAGGAACUGAAGAAGACAUUUCCUGAUUACCCUCUUGAUUAUUCCAUUGGGGGGCAAAUCAGUUUCGACGUGUACCCCAAAGGAUGGGACAAGACUUACUGCCUUCAGUUCAUAGAGAAAGAAUUCGAUGAGAUUCACUUUUUCGGGGACAAAACGUCAGAAGGCGGCAAUGACUAUGAGAUAUACACUGACAGUCGUACUAUCGGACAUGCUGUCAAGAGUUACAAGGAUACACUUGCUCUUCUUGAAGAUAUGAUUAAGAACAAAAAGUAAAUAUAUCAAUAAUAUAUAUAUAUAUAUAUAUAUAUUCCUACUUACUUGGCAGAGAGCUUCAAUAUAUAGGCCCAGAAAUUAAUGGUGUGAAAAUUAGGUUCGUAAAUAUGCUCAACACAAAUCAAUAAGGAAUUCGAUUUACAAUAUUCUAUAUAGCUAUCUAUAUAUCUAUUUAUAUAAUCUUUAAAUUAUUAUUAUUAUUGGGUAAAAUUUCAAAUACCCCUCACCGAAAAAGUAUUUAAAAAUGAUGUAAUAGCGUUAAUUAGAGAUGAAAAUAUGAGAGCGGCUGCAAACAUACCACAGUUUGGAAUUAUAUAUUUUCCAAUCACCAA